GCGGACGAGGCUAUGGAUAGUUACCUGUACUCAGCCUACACCCCCUACUCCUAUCGCUACCAGCCGCCCAAGGGCAAAGGGCCUCCGGGCGCCUGGCGGCAGCGGGGCACCUACUUCUCGAGCUAUGGGGACACAGCGGCGGCGGCCGCGGCCGAGUACUUCGAUAACUACCAGCGGGCGCAGCUGAAGGCGAUCCUGUCCCAGGUGAACCCCAGCCUGACGCCGCGGCUCCGCAAGGCCAACACCAAGGAGGUAGGGGUGCAGGUGAACCCGCGGCAGGACGCCUCGGUGCAGUGCUCGCUGGGGCCCCGCACCCUGCUUCUGCGGCGGCGGCCGGCCCCUGGGCUGCCCUCGCUGCGGCCCCGCGAGCAGGAGCAGGGCAGCCCCGCCACCACCAGCGGCCGGCCCGUGCGCUUCCCCAGGACCAUCGCCGUGUACUCGCCCAUGGCGUCCCGCAGACUCACCACCUUCCUGGAGGAGCCCGAGCCCGAGGACCCGGGGCAGGAGGCGGCCGAGGAGGAGCCGGAGGAGGCGGCCGCCGAGGAAGAGGAGCAGCAGAGCACUGAGGCGGCCGCCGUGCGGGCCAGCUGGGAGCAGCCCCCGGGGAGCAGCGUGGAGCCGCAGGAGCCGCGGCCGCCCCAGCAGCAGGAGGCCGCAGCCCCUCAGGAGCCGGGGCAGGGCAAGACCCGCCUGCGCUUCCAGUUUCUGGAGCAGAAGUACGGCUACUACCACUGCAAGGACUGCAACAUCCGUUGGGAGAGCGCCUAUGUGUGGUGUGUGCAGGGCACCAACAAGGUCUACUUCAGGCAGUUCUGCCGGACAUGUCAGAAAUCCUAUAACCCCUACCGUGUGGAGGACAUCACCUGCCAGAGCUGUAAGCAGACCAGAUGCACCUGCCCUGUGAAAGUGCGCCAUGUGGACCCCAAGAGACCCCAUCGUCAAGAUCUCUGUGGGAGAUGCAAAGGCAAACGUCUUUCCUGUGAUAGUACAUUUAGUUUCAAAUAUAUUAUUUGACUGGGAUACUUCUUGUUUAAAGGAUCCUAGUGUAAAAUUGCAAUCAAAGCAGUUUUUUUCUUUUGAAAGAAUAUAUAAUAUGGUGGGAUAUGGCUGGGCAAACCUACAAAUAAAGGUAUGGCGAAGCACUGUUAUAACAGAUAAGGCAUGCUCAUGUCUACCUUCUUUGAGUAUGGAAGUUGCAACACUUACAUUAGGAAUGGGGGAGAAGGCUGUCAUACAAGGAAGAGUAUGCCUGUGGCUGACUUAUUGUUAU